ACCUGUAAGUUUGAAUUAGGUAGCGAGAGAAAGAGAAAAAGAGAGAGAGAGAUAGAGAGAGAAUUCUGUCUCAAAAGACCCUCUGCCUUUAGACAGUUAGGUUUUAAGAAAAAAUUAUGAUGGCCACAAAAGGUUGGAAGGUGGUAAAGCCUCAUGUGCCGAUGAUUAAAUUUCGUAAAGGUGGAAUUACUAGAGCAAGUGGAGGUGCAACAGCCUCACCGUCUGCGCAUUCAGGGGCGACGUCUCAGCAAACUAUUGGCGGUGCAACCGGUCCCAACGUAACUGUUUUGCCAACAAUAGAAGAUAUUUACCUUCCCCGACGAUUCCAAAGACGACCAAUAGAUGAGAAAGAAAUUGCAUACAUUAAUAGAGGUGGUCCGGAAUAAAUUCAUCAACCUGUGAAGCACUAUCAAACCUUAGAAGCUUGUAAACAAGUCAUUUGCAUCGUAAGUUCAUUUAUACAAUGUAUUCUGUAAAUAAAUGAAAUCAAAACAGGCAA